UCACUCUAAUAUCAUACAUGUUCCGGACAUAAUACGAAUCAAAAGACAAAGGAAAAGAGCGACAUGCUGUGUAAUUUCAAGCUAAAUUAACAAAGUACAUUCUGAUAUUAAUGUUCUUCAAAAUCUCAAAAUUUUUAUGAGCACUUUAUCAUCUUCUAUUAAAAAUUUUAUCCUCUCCUGAUAACUGAAGAACUCAAAUUCCAAAACUAAAACAAAAGUUCCAAACUUUAAUUGACUUACUGAGGGAAUUCCAAGCCUGAACAGUCGAAUUUGGUAAAUGCCACAGUCAAUGGCAGUCGCUUGCUUCACUGUCCCUAGCUCUGCCGCAAAACGGCCAUGGCGGACAUCGAAGAAACCCAAACUCGAGAAAAGACAAAGGAAUAGCUCAGUAGGUUUUGGAGCCGAGCGGAGAAAGGAACCUUUGUGGCAGUGCGUCGAAGGCUGUGGUGCUUGCUGCAAGCUAGACAAGGGCCCUGCCUUCCCCACUCCUGAAGAAAUCUUUACUGAUCCGUCUGUCGUCGAGAUGUACAGAAAUCAGAUUGGCCCAGAUGGGUGGUGCAUACACUAUGAGAAAAACACACGUAAAUGCUCAAUUUAUUCAGAUCGUCCAUUUUUUUGUCGUGUGGAGCCUGAAGUUUUCCAAUCAUUAUACGGAGUCAAGAAGAAUAAGUUCAACAAGGAAGCUUGCAGGUGCUGUAGAGAUGCUAUUAAAGAUAUAUAUGGUUCUAAUUCAAAGGAACUGGAAAACUUCAACAGAGCAAUAAGGGAUUCUACUUAGUAUAAUUCCAAAGUUGGUCCUUGCUUCUUGAUUAAACUUGUGAAGAAGAAGGUAAAGUAUUUAUUCAUUACCUAUUCACCAUUGUGGUAAAGCUCAACAAGUGCCAAGUAAAAUAGCACUUCCGUUAUCAAACUGUAAUCCCAUCAUAUUUGGGGUGUAUUUGCCAUUUUUACUUGGAAACCUAGUUGCCGCUCUCCUUCAAGCAUUUUCAGAAUUGGUGCUGCUAUGAAGAUUUUUCAGAUGGGUCCUGGUGCUAUGAGGGGUGCAUGGCAUUCUUGUCGGAUAAAUUAUUUUGUGCAAAUGGUAUACACUACCAUCUGCAAGUGAUAAAAA